GCGACAUCACCCACACGCGCGUGACUGAGACUGCAUCCUCCCAUGAGGGUAAACGUGGAAGGUAAAGAGACCUUCCGCUGCGUAAAGCUGGAUCGACCCGGAAACAAAAUCUUUUAAAAAACAAUUGACACUCUGGAGGGGCGGGGGAAUUGAUAAGUUGGGACGCCGGACAGCUUCUCAGGUUGCUAAGCGACGAGGCGGGAGCGCACGCACACGCUGGCUGCUUUAUAGCACCUGAGGGAACUGUGGGGGCGGCGUCCUGGAGACCCAAGAGACCAAGCGAGCGUGUCGCUCUCUCUCGGGUCCAAGGACCUAGCCCAGGAACCUUCUGCCCGGGAUAGUGUCUGGUGAUGAGGCGAGAGUUUUGCCGGGACGCCUACUACGAAGCGGCCGGGAGUCGCGCUUCUUUCCCACUCCCGAGAAAGGACAGAGAUUCCUUCUGCCAUCAGAUGUCUUUCUGCUUGACUGAACUGCACCUGUGGUCUUUGAAGAAUACCUUACACAUUGCGGAUAGAGACAUUGGGAUCUACCAGUAUUAUGACAAGAAAGAUCCACCAGCGACAGAGCAUGGUGACUUAGAAGAGAAGCAGAAGCUGGCAGAGUCACGAGAUUAUCCUUGGACGCUCAAAAACAGACGCCCAGAAAAACUCCGAGACUCGCUCAAAGAGUUGGAGGAGCUGAUGCAAAACAGUCGGUGUGUGCUGAGCAAAUGGAAGAACAAAUAUGUCUGUCAGCUCCUCUUUGGUUCAGGUGUGCUGGUGUCUCUAAGCCUUUCUGGGCCACAGCUGGAGAAAGUGAUGAUUGACAGAAGCCUGGUGGGGAAGCUCAUCUCAGACACCAUCAGUGAUGCUCUUCUCACAGACAGUUUUAUCAUCUUAUCAUUUUUGGCACAAAACAAACUAUGUUUUAUUCAGUUUACCAAGAAGAUGGAUUCUUCUGAUGUAAACAAAAGACUGGAAAAACUCUCAGCCUUGGAUUAUAAGAUUUUCUAUUAUGAAAUACCUGGCCCAAUAAACAAGACAACAGAGCGACAUCUAGCUAUCAACUGUGUUCAUGAUAGAGUUGUUUGCUGGUGGCCACUGGUCAACGAUGAUGCUUGGCCUUGGGCCCCCAUUUCUUCUGAGAAGGACAGAGCCAAUCUACUCCUCCUGGGUUAUGCUCAAGGAAGACUAGAGGUUCUGAGUUCUGUCCGCACAGAAUGGGACCCACUGGAUGUUCGCUUUGGCACCAAACAGCCUUAUCAGGUGUUCACAGUGGAGCACUCCAUAAGUGUAGACAAAGAGCCCAUGGCUGACAGCUGCAUCUAUGAAUGCAUUCGGAAUAAAAUCCAGUGUGUGUCAGUCACCAGAAUACCACUAAAGUCAAAGGCCAUCAGCUGCUGCAGGAAUGUUACUGAAGACAAACUGAUUCUGGGCUGUGAAGAUUCUUCGCUAAUUCUUUAUGAAACUCACCGUAGAGUGACUCUCUUAACACAGACUGAACUUUUGCCUUCGUUAAUAAGCUGCCACCCAAGUGGUGCCAUUCUGCUAGUUGGCAGCAACCAAGGGGAGUUGCAAAUUUUUGAUAUGGCUCUAUCCCCUAUUAACAUCCAACUAUUGGCUGAAGAUCGCUUACCCAGGGAGACUCUGCAAUUCAAUAAAUUAUUUGAUGCCUCCAGCAGUCUUGUUCAAAUACAAUGGAUAGCUCCUCAGGUUGUUUCUCAGAAGGGUGAAGGUAGUGAUAUCUAUGAUCUCCUCUUCCUCAGGUUUGAAAGAGGACCUUUGGGUGUGCUGUUGUUUAAACUAGGUGUCUUCACUCGAGGACAGCUGGGCCUGAUAGACAUCAUCUUCCAAUACAUUCACUGUGAUGAGAUCUAUGAGGCAAUAAACAUCCUGAGCAGCAUGAACUGGGACACUUUGGGCCACCAGUGCUUUAUCAGCAUGAGCGCCAUUGUAAACCAUCUUCUUAGACAGAAGCUCACUCCAGAGAGAGAAGCACAGCUUGAGACAAGCCUUGGAACCUUCUAUGCUCCAACAAGACCACUUCUGGAUUCCACUAUAUUGGAAUAUAGAGACCAGAUCAGCAAAUAUGCAAGGAGAUUCUUCCAUCACUUGCUCAGGUACCAGAGGUUUGAAAAGGCAUUUCUCCUAGCUGUUGACAUUGGUGCUCGUGACCUCUUUAUGGAUAUUCAUUACCUUGCACUAGAUAAAGGUGAAUUGGCACUAGCUGAAGUGGCAAGAAAAAGAGCUAGUGACAUUGAUGCAGAAUCAAUAACCUCUGGGGUUGAACUCCUGGGGCCCUUGGACAGAGGGGAUAUGCUAAAUGAAGCUUUUAUUGGCCUGUCUUUAGCACCUCAACAGGAAGACUCAUUUCCAGAUAACCUCCCUCCCUCUUGCCCAACCCACAGACAUAUUGUACAACAAAGAAUACUGAAUGGCUCUUCUAACAGACAAAUAAUUGACAGAAAGAAUGAACCUGAAAAAGACAUCUGUUCUGGAUUUUUGAUGACUAAUACCUGUAAUGCAGAAGACGGAGAACUGAGAGAAGACGGCAGAGAACAGGAUAUCAGAGAUGGUAGUUCUCUCAAAAUGAUUCACUUUGGUCUGGUGUAAAUAUUAAGAAAAAAAGAAAACUGCCUGCUUCGUAUCUAAACUUUUUCAUGGCCUGAUACAGACUUAAAAUCCCCUGUGUGGAUUUUUAACAAAAGACAGUAUGAAUCACAUAAAUUACUUAAGAGUUUUGAGUUGAGUGUUUUCAAAAUAAAGUUUUAUUAUUUCAAAAACAUGCAGCAUAACAGCAAAGUGAUCCUAAGUAAAAGUCUUUAACCUACUUAUUUUCAAUAAUGUAAAAUUUUGAAAGUGUCUCAAAUUGUAUGUUAAUUAGGUGCUACAAAAAUAGAAUAUUUAAACUUUGUUCUCCCAGGUACUUUAAAAAAGGGGCAGUAGGGGGCAGGCAUAGUGCUCAUGCCUGUAGUCCCAGUGGUUUAGGAGGCCAAGGCUGAAGGAUCUCUUGAGCCCAGGAGUUCAAGACUAGCCUGUGCAACAUAGUGAAACGCUGUCUCUAGAAAAAAUUUUAAAAAUUAGCCAGGCAUGGUGGUACAUGCUUGUGAAGCUGAGGCAGAAGAACUGCUUGAGCCCAGGAGUUCAAGGCUACAGUGAGCUGUGAUCGCGCCACUGCACUCUAACCUGGGCAACAGAGAGUGACCCUGUCUCCAAAAGAAAAAAAAGAAAGUCCUCUUCUGCUCUUGUUUACAUUAUUAAUUUACAUUACAAAUACAGUAUUUAUUAUGCAAAUUUUCAGCCCAGACCCACUGUUAGAAGACAAUUCUCCAUGGUUCUCUCAAAUUACUGCUAUGAGUAAUUUGCCCUGACUGCCCCUUAGAACACAGAUACUGUUUUCCCUCUGGAGAAAGGCGCAGGCAUGCUUAUCAACUUUUCUUUGAGAUUUGAGUUCUUUAAGCUCAGAAUGCCUCUCCUUUACACUGCCCAUUGAGUGUGCAGGUGUCAUCUCUUGACAUUGUUCUAUAGGAAUAGGGCUCAGAGAAUCCAUGAAGAAAAGAAAAAAAUGCCGAUACCCUGGUUACUAUCAUUUGUCUCUGACUCAGGAGUCUCAUGUCUUCUAACAGCACUCAUGAAACUAUAGUGUGGUAACUUGUUAGCUAGUAAGUAGGGUAAAAUCUCAUACCCUUCACAGUUAUUGACACCCAUUCUUUAGCAGAUAACUGGUAUUUCACAAUUAUAGACAUCUAUAGGCCAGGCACGGUGGCUCAUGCCUGUAAUCCCAGCACUUUGGGAGGCCGAGGCGGGCGAAUCACGAGGUCAGGAGAUGGAAACCAUCCUAGACAACAUGGUGAAACCCCGUCUCUACUAAAAAUAAAAAAAAAAUAAAAAAAAAAUUAGCCAGGCGUGAUAGCGUACACCUGUAGUCCCAGCGACUUGGGAGGCUGAAGCAGGAGAAUGGCGUGAACCCGGGGGGCGGAGGUUGCAGUGAGCUGAGAUCAUGCCAUUACACUCCAGCCUGGGUGACAAAGUAAGACUCCGUCUCAAAAAAAAAAAAAAAAAAAAAUUAUAGACAUCUAUGAUAAUCAACAUUGUUUAAUAUUAGACAAUAAUUACAUUAUAUAAAUCUUAGAUUUCAAAGUUAAUCAGACUGAAGGCUUUUAUACUUCAAAUUUUUCUUUCUACUUCCCAUUUAUCUGUACCUCUACCAGAGGGUAUGACAAAAGAAGGUGAAACUCAAAUUAGAUUUUUCAUUUUGUUAUUGCUCUGAAAAAAUUUUAAUAAUGCAUAACAUGUAAGCCAAACUGAGUUACCAGCAAAUUUUCAUUCUCCUAUUCCCAACCUUCUUUAUCACACAGAUAAUCAAAAGUUAACUACUUUUUAGAGAAAAAAUUUUAUUCAAAAAAAUAGGGUUUUGUCAAGAUUGCAAAAUUUUCUCCAGAUUUUCUGGGUAAAUAGUCAUUAACCCAAAAUACCUUUCCUGUGAGAUAUUAAAUAUAAAAUAUGGAUAUUGAUACAUCUAUGUUGUUCUACAUAAUAAUAAUAAUAAUGAAAAUGUUUGCCAGUUAUGUAGGUGAAAAUUAAACAAAUCAUAGUUCUUAAAGUACCCAUUUUCCCCACUUCACAUACGUCUAGAAAAAUUAAAUGUACAGAAAACCAAGUUUAGAUAGUAAGAAUAUAUUAUGAAUGAUCUUUGAUAAUGUCCAUGAUUUAUAAAUGCUGUUAUUUCCCAGAUGUUGUAAAUCUGAGAAUAUUAAUUAAAUUGAUAUUCCUGCUUUGCUAGAACCUGAAAGGAUUAUGAAGGGGCUACCAUAGCUCUAAAGUAAGAAGAGUGGUAUAGGCAGGAACAGCUAGGUAGUAUCUGUCCUAGCACUGACAGGUUCACAGGUUGGCCUUCAGGAAUAGACCCAUGAGCUUUUUCAACUAUUUUCCAGAUUUCUCAGAUCUGAAGUAAUUUCCACAGUAAUUUAUAUUAGCUGUCACAUUGUGUCUUAUUGCUAGAAUAAACUUUGGAAUG